AUGACGGACUCAAUGCCCACACCGGCCCGGCAGACAUGCAUCCCACGCAACGACUCUUUCUCCGCUGAAGACCUGUCAAAAGCGCUCAAGGCAUCAGCAAGCAAGCCCCGCAACCUCUCAAUAAGAGACAUCAACGACGACCCAGCAGUGCCUCCACCAUCACCGCAAAAGUCAAGACGCUCAUCGUUCUACGGCGCACGAAGAUGA